UUUUUAAAGACAAAUAAAGAUCCAAUCUAUCUAUCUGUCAGGACCUCAGGGAGAUCCACUUGAGUAUAGUGACGUCUCCACUAGACCACACAACAUAGCGCGUGACUAUCACGAUCCAAAGUCUCUCUAAUAAUAACCAACAAAACAAACAAUCCAACACAUAAUUCGAAACACACAAGAACAAAAUAAAAAAUAAAAAAUCACAACUGGACCCAGCUUUGAUGGCAUACCGGCAUUACCCAAUUCCCAAAAUUAUAGCCAAACCUCAGACCUAAAUCUGAAUCAAACAAAACCAAAAUCCACAACUAAAACAUAGUACUAAACUAAAGUAUAAUAAACCAAACACACUAAGACUCAGCUCAUAAUCAAUCGAUUAGGGGAAAACAAGAGUAAACCAAAGUAAAACGAACCGGAAUGGUUUUAACCGGUCCUACUUCAAUCUACUAGUAAUUCCCAUCACUCAUAUAAAUACACACAGAUCUCUUUACUCCUUUUCUUCCAACACAUCCUCUCUCCCUCCGUCAAUGGAGAAAACCCUAGCCACUUCCCAUACCAAACGCUCUUCUCCGUCUCCAUCUACCGCCGUGAACACAACCUCCACCGGUUUCAACCGCAGAACCAGACAGAGACUGUCCGAUACAACGGCGAGUGUAAGUGAGACUGACGUAGAAGAUGAAGACGAUGAAGAAGAAGGAGUGGAUGAGAAGAUCGAGGCACUUCAGACAAUAGUUCCCGGAGGAACAGCACUUGGUGUCGACGCACUGUUUGAAGAGACAGCUAGUUACAUUUUGGCUCUGCAAUGUCAGAUCAAUGCCAUUAAACUUCUUACUGCAUUCCUUGAGCGUGGUGACAAAGAAGAUAUGAAGUUUGGAGGUUGAAGAUUGAACAAACAAUUUGAAUUCUGAAAAUCAGAAAAAAAAAGAAAAAAAAAAACAAUUUGGAAUUCUCUCUGUUUUUUCAUUUAUUUUCACCUUAUAUUAUUUCUUUUUAUUGUGGCUUAGUUCGGGUUUAUGAUUUAGUUUUUUUUUCUUUCUUUAUCUUAAUGUGUUUUUAUUCCAAAAUAUUACGAGAAAAUGAAAAAGAUCUCCACAAUGUUUUCCUUUGAUAUUUCAAAUUAUAUAACU